UUNACCACAGUCAAACUUAUUAACGGGGAUGGAAACGAAUCGGUUGAAUAUUUUGAAGAUGAUAACAGCAAUGAAACGCCAGCUAUCACGCAGGUGAUAAAGGUGAUCAGCACGGAAAAAACCAAAUCCUUUUACACCAUAACUCUGGAGAAACCAGUGAAAAAUAAAAGUAGGGGGUUUAUUGAAAUUUUCUUUACCGGAAUACUCGUGGACAAUAGAAGCGAGGGCAUGUUUCGAAUAAGUUACGUCGACAAUGAUGGACUGGAUAACUGGAUAAUCGGAACCAAUUUUAGACCAAACCGUGCCAGGAUGGCGUUUCCAUGUUUCGAUGAGCCCGCUUAUAAGGUUCCAUUCAAUAUAAGCGUUGCUCAUCAUAAAUCAACUAAUGCCAUUUCAAAUAUGCCGCCUUUAGCUAUGGAAUAUAAUGCCUUAUCUUAA